AUGCCAAUCGACCUCAGCAACCGGGGUGCUAUCCUUGCCCUCAAAUCCCAAGGACUGAACCCUUACAAAAUAUCUGAUGUUCUUGGUAUACCAAGAAGUACAAUAAAAACAAUCAUUAACAAGGCCGUUGAGAGUGGAUUUGACCCAGAAGCUCGACCUUUGGCUAUCUCCGAUGAACUUCUAGCAACUCAUGCCGCUGGACGCCAACCCAAGCAAUCUGAUGCCUAA